CCAGCUCCUCUUGUCCCGUCUGCGAGGCUGCGGCACCGCACCGCCUGGCUGCUUUUCCUCAUGUCGCUCCUCUCGGCCCACCUCGUCUCCAUCGCGGCACAUCAUUGGAACAUGGCAACAAAACCAGAUGCAUGAAAGUUGUUUUCAUGGAAAGAGAGGCUCAAACAACAGGAACAUGGGGUAUGGCCAGAUCCUCCACCAGCACGGAAAAGAGGAGGACCGGGUCAACCUCAACGUGGGAGGGGUACGCCACAACGUGGACCCGGACACGUUGUUCCGCUUCCCUCAGACACGCCUGGCUCGUCUGUUGCACUGUCAGAGCGAGGCGGCCAUCCUGGAGCUAUGCGACGACUACAGCCCGACCGAGAGGGAGUAUUACUUCGACAGGAAUCCUCAGGUCUUCCUCUGCGUGCUCAACUUCUAUCACACGGGCCGCAUCCACAUGAUGGAGGAGCUCUGCAUUUUUUCCUUCAGCCAGGAAAUCGAGUACUGGGGCAUCCACGAAGUGCACCUCGGCCCCUGCUGCAACACCUGGUACCACGAGAGAAAGGAGUACAUCGAGGAUCGCGACUGGGACACCCAGAGCGACGAGCAAGAGCCAAGCUUCGACUCGUCCUUCGAGGAGCUCUCUGCUCUCGAUAAGGACCUGGCCAAGUUUAAAGGGGCAUGGUGCGGGGAACUGAGGAGCUACAUCUGGCUCAGACUGGAGGAUCCCGCUCACUCCAAAGCUUCAAAGGUUAUAGCCAUCGCUUCCCUCGUUGUGGUGUUGACCUCUAUCAUCGCCAUGUGCGUCCACAGCAUGCCCGAGUUUCAGCAGGUAGACGACAAUGACCGACCCAUCGAGGACCCUGUCCUCACCAUCCUAGAGGUGAUAUGCAUCGUCUGCUUCUCGGCGGAGUUCAUCAUCAGGUUGAUCGUUGCUCCGUCCAGGAGGAAGUUCCUGGGAAACCCUCUCAACAUCAUCGACGUUGCUUCCAUUUUGCCCUUUUACAUCACUCUAGCUCUGGAGAAAUCUGACGAGGAGAGCGCGGAGGAGAGCGAGGACCUGGAAAACGUGGGGCGGGUGGUGCAGGUUCUGCGACUCAUGAGGGUCCUCAGGAUCCUCAAGCUGGCCCGCCACUCCGUCGGACUGCGAGCGCUGGGCGCGACUGUCCGCCACAGCUACCAGGAGGUGGGUCUGCUCAUUCUCUUCCUGUCCGUGGGCAUGUCCGUCUUCUCAGCCCUCAUCUACUUCGCGGAGAAAGAGGAGAAGCACACAGAUUUGGGGACCAUCCCUUCAGGUUGGUGGUGGGCCAUGAUCACGAUGACCACUGUGGGUUAUGGCGAUACGUGCCCCGUGACGGUGGCAGGGAAGGUGGUGGCCACCUUAUGCAUCAUCUGUGGCCUGUUAGUGGUGGCUCUGCCCAUCUCCGUGAUCUUUAAUAAGUUUUCAAAGUACUACCAGAGGAACAAAGCCAUGGAUGUACGGUGUAUCAAAAAGCCCGAAAGGCAAGACCCAGAACUCCCGUACUAUAAUAUCAGAGAGCUCUUCACAGGCAGCGUGUAUCCCUUUAUAGGAAGCCUAGCUUUCAGGAACAGUGUGAGCAGCAGAGGGGAUGAUACUGAUGCCUCCAGCCUCCAGGACAUUGAGGUGUACCAUAAUGACGCUUGUGAAAAUGGCCCAGCCAAAUGAGAUUCCUGCCAUUUCACAGAGCAUCACUCUCGUUAUGACAGCAAGUCACUUUGUGCCUCCGGGGGCAAGCGCGUAUUAUUACUUAACUUGCCGUCCCGUGCCGUCUUCCUUCCACCUGUGGUUUGACAGAGAAAUGUGUUGGCCCAGAACUUUUUUUUUCUUUUUGUGUAUGUGUGUCUAUGUGGGUUUCUGUAAAAUAUGUUGUGUCACUAAAACCCAGAAAUCUAAAGGGAAUUAUGUGCGCCCUCCUCGGAGGUUUGAAAGCCCAUUUUCUGCUCGAGAAAACUGCAAUGAUGCAUGCAGGAGGCCAUAAUGUUAAUGUUUUUCAAAGUAAUGUCGUUUAUUGAUUUCCUCUGCUCGCUGAAAGUUCAGACAGAGACUUUCCCAGAUGCGAGAGCCCGGCGUGACAACAGCACAGUUUGCAGCUUGCAUGGUCCAAAUUGAAAAUGCAUUUUUUGAAAAGUUAAACAUUAAAAUGCCUGUAGGAAAUAUGAAGUAGGAUUAGACCGAAUGAGAGAAAAUGCACAUCUCUCUCGGAGCGCUGUGACAGCACGAGUUGUGUUUGGAGGGGAACUCCUGUGAGCAUGAAAUAAAACUCAUUUUACCUGGAGUCAGA